CUCUUAUCUCGUGCUUCUAUCAAAUUCUAUCUUGUUAACUCACCACUUAUCUUCAUAGUUUAUUCUCCAGACCCUUUAUCUUCUUGUUUGAUGAUAACCAUGUCAUUUUAAACUUCAAUCAAACGCCUCAGCUCACAAACCAGCCAAUACGAAUAAGUCGUUUCAAUACCCCAAGUCCCUGGUUCUGCUAAGCGCACCCCCCUCUGCAUCUACCCCAGCCGCAAGCGAGAGCCCAGAGCCAGUGACCCUUGGGCCGCUUUUCUACUUUUGGGAGAGAGGGGGAUCUUGCAUCUGUAUCCGUACCCGUACCUAGGCCUCAAAUCUCUACCAACUCUCCUCUCCUUGGUCCUCUCUCUUUUCUCACACCGCGACUCACCCUCACUUCCCUACUGCACUUCUCACUACGCAAAAUAUUCAUAUAAUUUGUGACUCUCUUGGACAACUCAGAAUCCUACUUCAGGAAGCAGAAUCUCGUCCCCCGCCAUGUCUGCGGUGUCGAGCCCCACGAUCCACGGCUCGUCUGCCCAGCAGCAGCCAUUGCGCUCUGCCCUCAAAAAUGAAGAUGACGUUGAUCGCCCGUGUCCCUCAAGCGGCUCUCUCAAAGCUGUCCAGAUCGCCGAACCCGAAUCCGAAAUUCAAACUCUCGAGGAUGACUCCCAGCCUACCAAGCAAUUCCCUACCAACCUCAGGCGACGCCUGAGUGGUAAACCUCUGCCCUCUCCUCUUCCCAACAACUCCUCUAGGUCUUCCUUCAGCGACAUUCCUUCUGGCAGCCGGCCUGAAGAGACACCUCCUACUUCGAACCCUUCUUCUCACCACCACGGUCAUGGCCAUGGCCACCGUGGCCAGUACUAUAGUGAGAAACUACUCGCCCAGGUAGGAGAUUGGUUAGAACAUGAACGGGCCAAGGCACACGCGAGGAAGUCCAAGAAAACGCACCGCAGGCGCAAGUCCAAAUCGCCAACUAAGGAUACCAAGGGAGAAAGCAUUGCGGAGGCCGAGCCAGAACCUCAACCGGCUCAGGCACCCGCACAAGGCAGUAAUGGACGACCUCGCUCCGAUUCUCUCGACUCUGACUCAAGCGAUAUUUCUUUUGACCGACUUCAGCGUAUCCUGGAAGAAUCCUUAUCUCACAUGGGUCUCAACUCUGUGCCUCAUCUGACUCCCAGGGUAUCCCGCCCUAAGCAUCGAAAAGUCCCAUCUCGAUCUUCUCUUCGUGGCCUUUCUUCCGACACUGAAUAUGCCGAUGGGGACGCCAUUGUACCCAGCUGCGAUGUCUGGCUUGACAACUCUAAGACGAUGAGCUACGGAGGUGGUGCUGCGGAUGGUGAAGAUCAGGAACCAACCGAUGCCGAUACCAGGGCUGAUAAGGAGAAGGAGUGCUGGCUUAGCUUCAAGAACGAAAUCAUCCGCAUCGCCCAUACGUUGCGACUCAAGGGAUGGAGGCGUAUUCCCCUCGGUGGUGGCGACAAGAUCUCCGUUGAGAGGCUUAGUGGUGCCUUGACCAACGCUGUCUACGUCGUCACGCCGCCGAAGGAAAUCGAUGAGGCAGAGGGUAAGAGAAAGCCCAAAAAGGUCCUUCUACGCAUUUAUGGCCCCCAAGUCGAGCAUCUCAUUGAUCGAGACAACGAACUAUCAGUCUUGCAGAGACUGGCACGCAAGAAAAUUGGACCUCGCCUGCUGGGAACUUUCAAGAAUGGCCGUUUUGAGCAGUACUUUGACUCUAUCACGCUUACACCGGCGGAUCUUCGAGAUGCCGACAUGUCUCGUCAGAUUGCUAAGCGAAUGAGAGAGCUUCACGAUGGUAUUGAUUUGCUCCCCCAUGAGAGGGAGGGCGGACCAGCAACAUGGAAGAGUUGGGAUCAAUGGCUCGAUAAUGUCGAGCGAAUCGCAACUUACCUUGACAAUGAGUACGAGAAAGAGGCUCAAGCUCAAAACGGUCGACGCGACUCCGUUGUGCAUGCCUGGAAAUCGAGAGGCUAUGUAUGCGGCACUCCCUGGCCUCAGUUCAGGGACAUGAUGACCAAGUACAGAGUUCAUCUCAACAGUUUCUACAAGGGGGGCCAACGAGAGAUCAAGGACAGUCUUGUCUUUGCCCAUAGCGAUACGCAAUAUGGAAAUAUCCUCCGCAUUCGCCCGGAUGACGAAAAGUCACCCCUGCUUCAGGCUGCUAACAAACACAAGCAACUCAUCGUCAUUGACUUUGAAUAUGCGGGCCCUAAUACUCGUGGUCUCGAGUUUGCCAAUCACUUCAACGAAUGGACAUACAACUACCAUGAUGCUGCGGUGCCCUGGGCGUGCGAUGUGCGACGAUAUCCCACCCCGGAUGAGCAACGCCGUUUCAUCAAGGCCUAUGUCGAUCACCGUCCCCGGUUCCAAGGCAGCAACUCCACCCCUCGACUGGCGCCCGCUGAUAGCAACGUGUCGAGCGGCAUGUCUACGCCACUUGCGACACCAACCAACCCUCCUGCGAGCAGCUCAAGCUCCAUCGUCGAGUUCAUGCUUGAUGCGCGAGUACCACCAGGAGGAUGGAGCGCCGCGGAACGGGCCAACGAUGAACGAAGCGACCAGCGCGUGCGAGAGUUGUUGGAGGAGACUCGACAGUGGCGCCCAGCCAAUCAUGCUCACUGGAUCGCGUGGGGCAUCGUGCAGGCCAAGAUCCCAGGUCUCGACGAAACCAUCAAGGAAGAAGACCUUCUGAACCCCGAUGAGUUCGAUUACUUGAGCUACGCCCAGGAUCGUGUCAUGUUCUUCUGGGGUGACUGCGUGCGCAUGGGGCUUGUCAAGCGGGAGGAGCUCCCUCCCCUGCUGCAGCAGUCUAUCAAGACUAUUGAGUACUAAAGAGCGGCUAUCAAGCUCUGCAAUUAGAAAACAUUUUGGCGGACACGGCAGACACACUAGGUGAGUGCGUUCCGACUCAAGACUGGCAUAACCAGAUGUCUCCUUUGACUACAUCGUUCUGGAAAGCUAGAGCACGUUUUAAGACUUUCAGUGUUGGCAAGCUCGGCAUGCUAGAAUCUUCUUGCAAUGAUCUGGAUUAAAGAUUCCCGGCUCCUAAAUUCCCACAGGUAAUUUUUGAAGCUUGCACGUUCAGCAGUUCAAUCGAUACCAUUUUAAUAAAAUGCAGUUUUAGCAAUGCAU